AUUUGCCCUUUUUGUCACCUUGUGGACUUUGACCCACCUCCUCACACUUUAAUUCCUUUUCCUAUCAGUGUCCUUUGUAUUACCAUAAAGAAUGAACUGAUUCAUGGGCAGGGGAUGAAGUUUAGUUGGUAGAGUGCUUGCCUAUCACACAUGAAGCCCUAAAUUCAUAGGAGGUCUACCUGAGUGGGAUCAGGAGUAGGCAGGAAGAUCAGAAGUUCAAGGUCAUCCUGGACUACAUGUGACCCUUGAAACAAAUUUUAAAAGUGCUAAUUCAGAGUGAUUUGUUUCUGUGGCCAUUAGCCUUUUACUUCAGAUAUUAAGGUAUAUUAUCUCACUUUCACAACCUUGAUUUGUUCCCUAAAUGGUUCUAAAUAGAUCUAGUUUACCAAAAGGCACAGAUCCUGCCCUUAUAGGCACAGGCCCUAUAACCUAGAGUCCAGUCUUAGAUAACUAAAAACCAAGUUCCACACUCUGGCUGCAGCUUGACCCUGCCCUUGUAGACAGUUAAUUUCUACCCUCAACUACCCCGUAUAUCUGGCAGCCAUUCAGUCCUCCUACCUCUGCUGGAUUCUAAAUUUGUCUCGCCUAGCUAAUUACCAUAGCGUUACCCUACCCUCCUACAUAGUGUCAAGCCCUACCCUGCUGCUAUUCCCCGUUCUAAAUAAGUCCUGUUUCCGCUGAACCGCAUGGUGUGCAGCACCACCUACUUUGGUGUUUUGGCAGCUGUCUCUGUCUCUCCACCAAUCAGCUGAAAACGGAGCUCAUCCACCGCCCCUCCAUCCUCUGGGGCUGUCUGUCUGCCAUCAAUCUCACUUAGGCCAAUCGGUGUGAACCAGGCGCCCUCCCCCCCCCCCAAAACCUCCCUCGCCCCAACCUUGGCACUUGCCCACUUGGCUACCAGUCCUCCUUGAUCCAAUCAGGGUGAAGCACCAGUGCCGCCCAACGCCUCUCUAGUUGGCCAUCUGCAGUCCAUCAAUAUCCUUCAAGCCAAUCAUGUCACAGCUCUGUUAGGAUUCAACCACCAGGCAAAACUCUGCCUACAUUCUUGGCUUUUUGGCCAAUCAGCGAGCAGCGGGACGCUCAGCUCCUCCCCUGAGGGCCCACGUGAGCGGUGGGGAAACGCAGGGGCGGCUUCUGGGUGCUGCGGCCACCGCCACUGCUGCUCCCGCCGCCACCGCCGCCGCCGCCUUGGAACUCAGGCCUGGGGGGCGGUGGGGCCUCAUAUGGAGCCCCCGCCCCCCGGAGCUGCCGCUGCCACCACCGCGCCACACACAGAGAACUGGUCUUGAGUAGCUAGGAAUGCUGAGUCAGAAUUCAUCCAUCAUCCAGCAUCUCGUCCAAUGGUGAGAUCUAAGGUACCCCUGGAAUGGCGUGAGUGCUUCACUAGUGAUGGACCCAUCUGUGACGCUGUGGCAGUUUCUGCUGCAGCUUUUGAGAGAACAAGGUAAUGGCCACAUCAUCUCUUGGACCUCACGGGAUGGUGGCGAGUUCAAGUUGGUGGAUGCAGAGGAGGUGGCCCGUCUAUGGGGGCUGCGCAAGAACAAGACCAACAUGAAUUAUGACAAGCUCAGCCGGGCCUUGCGGUACUACUAUGACAAGAACAUCAUCCGAAAGGUGAGCGGCCAGAAGUUUGUCUACAAGUUUGUGUCCUACCCAGAGGUUGCAGGGUGCUCCACUGAAGACUGCCCACCUCAGCCUGAGGUGUCUGUAGCCUCGACUGUAGCAAUGGCCCCUGCUGCUAUCCAUGCAGCCCCAGGGGACACUGCCACUGGAAAGCCAGGAACACCCAAGGGUGCAGGAAUGGCAGGCCAAGGUGGUUUAGCACGCAGCAGCCGGAAUGAAUACAUGCGCUCGGGCCUCUAUUCUACCUUCACAAUCCAGUCCCUGCAGCCACAGCCACAGCCACCCCUUCAUCCUCGGCCUGCCUCAGUGCUUCCCAACACUACCCCUGCAGGAGUACCAGCACCCACCUCAGGGAGCAGGAGCACCAGUCCAAACCCCUUAGAAGCCUGUUUGGAAGCCGAAGAAGCUGGUCUGCCUCUGCAGGUUAUCCUGACCCCACCUGAGGCCCCAAACCAGAAAUCAGAAGAGUUGAGUCUGGAGCCAGGUUUUGGCCGUCCACUGCCCCCAGAAGUGAAAGUGGAGGGGCCUAGGGAAGAAUUGGAAGCUGUAGGAGCUGCGGGCUUUGGUUCAGAAACUGUCAAAGCUGAACCAGAAGUAUCACCCUCCGAAGGCCUGCAGGCUCGGCUCCCAGCCGUCCUAAUGGAGAAUACAGCACAGGUGUGUGGCCUAUCUGCCUCUGCCAAUGAGAUUGCCCAACCCCAGAAAGGCCGGAAGCCCCGGGACCUGGAACUUCCACUUAGCCCAAGCCUGCUGGGUGGCCCAGGACCCGAACGAACUCCAGGAUCAGGAACAGGCUCUGGUCUGCAAGCACCAGGGCCAGCACUGACGCCAUCCCUGCUACCCACACAUACCUUGACCCCGGUGCUGCUGACACCCAGCUCGCUGCCCCCCAGCAUUCAUUUCUGGAGCACUCUGAGUCCAAUUGCACCCCGUAGUCCAGCCAAGCUCUCCUUCCAGUUUCCGUCCAGUGGCAGCGCACAGGUGCACAUCCCUUCCAUCAGUGUGGAUGGCCUCUCAACCCCCGUGGUGCUCUCCCCAGGGCCCCAGAAGCCAUGACUUACACCAACAACCCCUUUCUGGAGUCUCUCCAUUCAUGCUCCUGAACUCUCCAGCUAGCCAUCUCAAGGAGAAACAUAAUUCAACUGACAGACUCAUGCUUUGGUUGUGAUGGGGUGGAUAUUCCUGGAAAAGAGGAUCUUUCACUAACUUCCACCCAAAACAGACAACUUCUUUCUUUUUUUGCCAGCCUCCCAGUGGCCGCCUUUACACGUCUCCUACUUCAAUGGUAGGGGCGGUUUAUUUAUUUAUUUUUUGAAGGCCGCUGGGAAGAUUCUGGCCUAACCCUUUUAGGAGAGUGGGUAAGACAUCUACUCCAUUUCCUCCCCAUUUUUUUCCCUAAAACAAGACAAUCAGGGUAUGGCUUGAUAAGGACCUUUCUUUCUUUAUUUCUCAGCCUGCCCUUGGGGAGUCAAGGGUUUCCUGUCCUUAUUUUGGAACAUGGGUUGAAGAGCUAGUUUGUUUUGUUUUAUUAUUCCUGGCCAUAUCUGAGUCCAGGGAGCACUUGUAUGAUUUAAUGGUUUGGGAGUUGUAGCUAGGGAAGAAUCACAUUGUUAAAAUAGGAAUUGCUACCUCCCCAACCCUCUCAGUCAGCUUGUUCUUUUCUCAAGUAACCUUUUGGCCAGGGAGGAAUAUUCCUUUUAUUGUUCUUCCCCCUGAGAAGCCAUUCCUUUGUCUCCAAACCCCUGGGGGCCUGCCUAUUACCUCCCAAUGGAGGGUUUUUUGGGGUGGUGGUCCCCGUCUGGGGGGCCCCUCCAGCCAGUUCUCCAGGGCUCUCUGUCUCCCAUCCUCUUCCAUUUUGAUAGUAUAAUCUAUUUUUAAAUGGGGCUUUUCAAUAAGGGAGAGGGAAGCAUCUCUUCCUAUAUCUGAUGGGUGGGUAGGCGGGUGGGUGGGAAGUAAGGGAUUUGGAGGCGGUCUUCCUGCCAACCCCAAGUGUUUAUUUUUGAUACCAAACAUGUAUUUUCAGCUCCCUCCCUCCCAGCCCCCCAAUUUCCUGCGGGCGGGUACAAAGGACCCUUUUAAGUGUCCCUGGAGUUGGGAGGGAGGAAUGGGGGACAUGAAGCCUGUCUUGUAUCAAUUCUAGGCUGGAGGGGUUGGAUUCAAAAAACUCCCAGGCUCACCUCCUGUCAGCACUGACCCAGACCAGGCCUGAAGACCUGGGGGUUGGUGAUUUGGGGGACGGUGCUACACUCGUCUCCACGGUUUGUUUUACUUCCCCAAAAUGGACCUUUUUUUUUUCUAAGAGUCCCAGAGAUUGGGGAAUUGUUCCUGUAAAUAUAUAUUUUUAAAGGUGUUACUGAAA